GGCCAGAUUUUAGCGUAUAAAAGUAAUGGCAUUUUCUAGUCCCGGUAUCAAAUCAUUCGUUGCAAUCCUUCAGUGCAGAAGUGCAGUUCUCAGUUCUGUUUGCAAAGCAGCAAGUAUUCAAAUACCGAUCGUGAAAAUGAAAUCCUUCAUUGCUUUCUUUGUUAUCCUCGCCUUCGCCGCCGUCUUCGGAGCCGCCGAGGAGUCGAAAACCACUGAGAAGCGUGGAAUCUACGGAUCCCUUGGAUACGGUGGAUACAGUGGAUAUGGAGGAUAUGGAGGCUACGGACUGGGUCAUGGAUACUAUGGCGGUCUCGGCGGAUAUGGCGGCUAUGGCGGCUAUGGCGGUUAUGGCUAUCCAGGUUUACUCUCACGGCAUUUGCAAUUGGAAAUCAAACGGAAUAAUGAGCGCGUUUUGUUCACAGGAUACUCUGGUCAUGGAUAUUAUAGCGGAUUUGGACACGGUUACCCAUAUGGAGUGGGUUAUCACGGACUCCACUAAACUGAACGUGACAUGGUUCCGAUCAAAGGCAGUUCCUUUUGUCCCACCCGAUUUUACCAAGAGGCGAAGACUUUCAGACAUCCAACGCAACUUGUGUUCCGCUAAGAGUAACGAGUAAUUGGACGAAAUAUGUACAUUUGUAUUUAAAUUGUAUUACGUUUUUUAUAUACUCUCUCCGAAUAGGUACACUGUCAGUUUUUUUUUGUUUCGCAAAAUUACUGUAUGUGAACUUCUCGCGACGUUAACACUUUUCGCAUGUUACUUUUAUUUUAUACAUAGUUUUUAGAUUUUGUACAGUACAAUAAAUUUUGUAUUCAAAUCCGUA